AACAAAAAAGAAAAGAGGUCAAAAAAUGGUGUCUCUAAGUUUUAGUUCCUUUAUGUUUGUUAUGCUUCUCUUCAUUUUUCUUACUAUAAAGGAUACAAUUGUUCAUACUGAUGACCAAGUUAAACAAAUAGUACAUGAAGCUGAAAAUGAUAACGCCAGGACACUGAGUCAUCUGAGUGUGGACAUGGAAGUUUUGGAUGGUGUACCGGCAGCUGCGGAAUUCAGUAAUAGAAAAAUGAUGAUAGAGAGAAAGAAAGACAUGAUUGAAGUGAAGAAAGCUGAAUCAUCAGGAAACUACGAUAGGCAUCUUGGUCAUGACUCACGAAAGAACGUACAUCAUCAGGGCAAUGAGAGGGAUUCGAUGAAUUCAGCAAGUACAGACAACUCGAAGAACGAUGAUCAAUCUGAUGAUAAUGGAUCAUUUGAGAAUCUUGAAUCAGAGAAUUUUCAGGAUGAUGCGACUGUGUUUUUCACCAUGAACAAAGACUAUGUUGGAAGGCCAAGACGCAAGCCUGGUCACAAGGUUUUACCCUGAUU